GGGAGUCAUUUCAAGUGUUGUCGUAUUCGAUUCCUCAUAUGCUAUGAGUAGGUGGAUAAGAUAACACCCUCAUUGCUCAAAAAGAAAACCAAGUAACUCGGGAAAUAUUGAAUAUGGCUAUUCACAAAGUUAGUUACCUUGCUCUCCUACUUCUAUUUGGAAUGAUUCUGCUUGUGAGCAAUGUCGAACAUGCAGAUGCCAAGAUUUGCACGAGAGAAUGCGAUCUGAGCAUUGCAUACGGGAUUUGCCCACGUGCUGGAAUAAACGACAAAAUUGAUCUUAGUCAAAUGUGCAUUAAUUGUUGUUCAGGGAAAAAGGGAUGUAACUACUAUAGAUCAGACGGAACUUUUAUUUGUGAAGGAGAGUCAGUGUAUGUAAGUGAGGUGGUGAAUCGUCCAGGAAAGCCUUGUACUUUGAAUUGUGACCCUAGAAUUGCCUAUGGGAUUUGCCCAUAUUCACAAAGUAAAAGGAUUAAUCUUGAUCACAUAUGCACCAAUUGUUGCGCAGGAAAAAAGGGAUGUAACUAUUUCAGUGCUGAUGGAACUUUUAUUUGUGAAGGAGAGUCAGUAUAUGUAAGUGAGGUGGUGAAUCGUCCAGGAAAGCCUUGUACUUUGAAUUGUGACCCUAGAAUUGCCUAUGAGAUUUGCCCAUAUUCACAAAGUAAAAGGAUUAAUCUUGAUCGCAUAUGCACCAAUUGCUGCGCAGGAAAAAAGGGAUGUAACUAUUUCAGUGCUGAUGGAACUUUCAUUUGCGAAGGAGAAUCUGAAUAUGUAAGUGAGGUGGAGAAUGAUCUCUAAAAGUACAAGGUUGCUGUUUCCUAAUCAGUAAUCUCCAUGUACUCUAUGUAUGAAAUAAAAACAUGACUAUAUAUAUGCUAUGUCAUGCAUGCAAUCUGUAAUAUGGCUCAGUGGAUCUAUCCACAGCACGUGCUAAUUAUCAAUGUGUUUAAUAAUGGAUGUAGUACUAGUUUGUUCCUAUUUUAAAA